UGACAAUUUUCGACCAUGACAACGGUAAGAUGGAAAAUUUUAUUUCCAUUGCUGGCAUUGGUCAUUCUGAGUAGUGUGGAAAUUUCCAGGGCAAAUCGUAAAAAUGUCAGCUACUAUUUGUCAACAAAUACAACACUACUCAGUCACUACUCCAUAUUGGACAAUACAAAUGACACCUUAAGCCACGGACAGGAGAUCAUAGUGGAGGAUGUGGAUGUAGAGGAGGAAGAUGAAGUGGAUUACAAUUUAAUAUCACCCUCAUAUGAGACACAUCUAGUCAAAUCCUCAAUUAUAUAUGGUUUAGCCAAAACUGUUAAUGCCAGCAGUGUCAAUCAAGAAUGUUACAGACAUUUGAGAAAUAUUCAGAAGGGCAUAUUAAGAAAAGAACCGUGGGCCAUGAAAGCGUUGGAUGCUUCGGGUUCAAAACCGGCCGGUUUUGUAUUUGGCCAAAAUUUCUGGUUUGGCAGUCAAGAAGCCUGUGGUGCUGUUCGCCGCCCUGUGGGCAUUACUUUGUCGGAGAAUUUCCCUCGUGUUAUGAAGUUGGGUAUUAUCAAGGAAAUUGCCCCUUUCGAUAUGGACUAUCGCGUGGUAUACUUGCGUCAUAACUCUCCCUGGCAAGUUGAGAUCAAAUUAAUGUCUGAACAAAUCAUUCACAUUGGUUUGUGUUUGCCUUCUUCCUGUGCCUCGCCUGAAAUUCAACAACUGAUUUACGACAUACAACCCGAAGUGCUAUACAUGAAAGAUUUAAAAAUAUCCGACAACUUUUUUGAAAGAGAAAGCUUCAAAUUGAUCAGUGUAUUUGUGGCCUUUAUUUUGGCCAUGAUCUUAUUAGCUUCACAUCUGAAGGCCAAGGCAAAUGAGGUAGUUACUAAAUUGGAUAACAUAUCUCCUCUAGAAGAAAGCGAUGCCUCUUCAAGUCAAAAUAUAGCUGAUAUUAAUUUGUCGAAUUAUCCCCAAUUACGUAACUUCAUCAUGUGUUUCGAUGUCCAAGAGAAUUGUACAAAAAUCUUUUCCACCAAGGAGUCCAAACCCAGUGAAAUACCCGUCAUAAAUGGUUUACGUUCGGUUUGUGCUCUAUGGAUUUUGGUGUUUCAUGUGGUGUGGUACAUGUAUUUCACUGUAAAUAAUAAAACUUUCCUGAUAUCUUAUGCUGAAAAAGUAUUCUUUCAAUAUGUUAGUUCAGCUCCCGUAUUGGUGGAUGUAUUUUUUACUGUGAGUGGUUUCUUGCUAACUUAUAACUUCUUAAGAAACACCGAAAAAAUGGAGAAUAUGUUAUGUUUGCUCUAA